AUGGACAUGAAUACGAUGGAUCAUGAGGAAACUGUGGUGAGCCACUCAGUUAUCUUCACCACCUCCCACAACUCUCCUCUAUUUUCCAAGGGAUGGUCCCCUUCAUCCAACGGCUCCUAUGCGGGCACUUGCAUCUUUCUGGUCAUCCUCGCCAUCAUCGCCCGCUGUCUUGUUGCAUUCAAAGCGUACAUGGAGCAGCGUUGGAUGUACGCCUAUCUCAGGCGUCGUUACGUGGUCGUCGCAGGCAGGCCCUCCGAAGCCGGCCGCAUUGAAGCAGAUCCAGACACAAAGAUAGGAAAGCUCAUUACCGCUGAAGGCGUCGAGGAGUCAGUCAAAGUGGUUUAUCGCAAUACUUACGAGGCUCCGCCCUGGCGGCUCAGUGUGGAUCUCCCUCGGGCUCUUAUUUAUCUCUGUAUCACAGGGGUUACUUAUCUACUGAUGUUGGCUGUUAUGACGACGAACAUUGGAUACUUUUGCUCUAUUCUUGGUGGGUCUUUUCUUGGGGAACUUGUCGUGGGACGGUUCGUUCAAUGGAACGAACAAGGGCAUUGA